AUGGCUGUCACUGUAAAUCAGCCGCGAGUUGUCAUUAUUGGGGCUGGUAUAGUCGGGGUCAAUCUGGCCGACGAGCUGGUCUCGCGCGGUUGGAGCGACAUUACAGUCGUCGAUCAGGGGCCGUUGAACAUGCCCGGUGGCUCGACAUCGCACGCCCCGGGUUUAGUGUUUCAGACCAACGCAUCCAAGACAAUGACACUAUUCGCCAAAUACACGGUAGAAAAGUUCCUUUCGCUACAAGAGGAUGGCCAGUCAUGCUUCAACCAAGUUGGUGGCCUUGAACUGGCUACCACGCCUGACCGACUCGAGGAGCUGAAGCGAAAGCACGGCUAUGCCUCAUCCUGGGGCGUUGAGGCAAGUCUUGUUACGCCCGAAGAGUGUCUUGAACGAUAUCCGCUUCUCAACAAGGACAUGGUUCUCGGCGGCCUUCACAUACCCAGUGACGGAUUGGCCCUGGCUGCUCGUGCAGUGCAGCUUCUUAUCGCGAAAACCCGCGAGCAUGGAGUCCAGUACAUCGGCUCUACCCUGGUUACUGGCAUUGAGCAAACAGAAGGCCGUGUGUCAGGAGUUGUAACAAAAGACGCAACUAUUCCUGCAGAUAUAGUUGUUUCAUGCGCCGGAUUUUGGGGAGUCGAAGUCGGUGCCAUGGUCGGAUUGCCGGUACCCCUGUUGCCAAUGGCUCACCAGUAUGUCAAGACGACUGCGGUUCCAUGCCAGCAUGGUCGGUAUUCGUCACCGAAUGGCGCGGGUCUACCAAUCCUGCGAUAUCAGGACCAAGAUCUAUACUAUAGAGAGCAUGGCGAUCAGUAUGGAAUUGGUUAUUAUGGCCAUCGUCCAAUGCCUGUGGUGGCCUCGACCCUAGGCCCGACUCCAGAGGAUGUUCAUGAACAUAAAAUGCCCUCUCGUCUCGAUUUUACUCGCCAAGACUUUGAUCAGGCAUGGAAAUUGUCGCAGGAGUUGCUCCCGGCGCUUCAACAAACCGAGAUAGCGGAUGGAUUCAACGGUAUCUUCUCAUUCACUCCCGACGGGGGACCCCUUGUGGGACAGUCACCUACAGUAGACGGGUUUUACGUGGCCGAGGCGGUCUGGGUCACGCAUUCUGCCGGUGUAGCUCGUGCCUUGGCUGAAGUUCUCACGACGGGCAAGUCACAGAUUGAUUUGGCCGAAUGCGACAUAACGCGAUUUGAGGAGGUCCAACUCACUCCGCAAUAUGUCAGCGAGACCUCCCAGCAGAACUUUGUUGAGGUGUAUGAUAUCCUACAUCCUCUCCAACCACGGGAUUCGCCUCGCAAUAUAAGGGUUAGUCCGUUUUAUCAUCGCCACAAGGAGCUUGGUGCCUUUUUCUUGGAGGCGGGAGCAUGGGAGCGACCUUAUUGGUUUGAGACAAAUGCGGCGUUGCUCAAAGAGCUGCCUGCGGAGUGGCAACCAGUUGAACGAGAUGCUUGGUCCAGCCGGUACUAUUCCCCCAUUGCAGCGGCAGAAGCGUGGAAAACUCGCACAUCUGUUGCCAUGUACGACAUGACUCCUCUUAGGCGUCUAGAAGUAUCCGGCCCAGGAGCAGUUGGGUUGUUAGACUGGGCAACAACCGGAAACGUCUCCAGGAAACCAGGGGCGGUGACGUACACGUUAUUGCUAGAUGAACAAGGUGGUGUUCGCAGCGACAUCACGGUCGCUAGAGUUCGCGACGACCUAUUUCAGGUUGGUGUCAAUGGACCAGUCGACCUGGCCUAUCUUUCCAGGGAGGCUCGUAUUCAGACCAAGAACGCGCCGGAAAGAGCAGUCCACGUUCGUGACAUUACUGGCGGCACAUGCUGCAUCGGACUUUGGGGCCCCAAGGCCAGAGAGGUGGUUUCUCAAGUCACGUCGGAUGACUUCUCGGACAAGGGGCUCCGUUACUUCCGCGUCAAGAAGGCAAGCAUUGCUGGAAUACCAGUCACGGCAAUGCGGCUGUCUUAUGUCGGCGAGCUAGGAUGGGAGUUGUAUGCAAGUGCAGAGAACGGUCUCCGGCUUUGGGAUGCUCUCUGGAAAGCCGGUCAGUCCUACGGAAUCAUCGCAGCCGGCCGGAGCGCCUUCAAUUCCCUGCGCCUGGAAAAGGGAUUUCGGUCAUGGGGUACUGACAUGACCACCGAGCACAAUCCCUACGAAGCUGGCGUCGAUUUUGCCGUCAAGAUGGACAAAAAGGGAGCAUUCAUCGGCCAGUCCUCUCUCAAGGGAAUAUCAGAGGAUACAAUCCCCAGAAAACUGCGCUGUAUUACCGUUGACGACGGAAAGUCCAUGGUAUUAGGCAAAGAGCCAGUUUUUUUUGGCGGCAAAUCACAAGGCUAUGUUACGAGUGCCGCCUUUGGCUUUACUAUUGGCAAGCCCAUUGCAUAUGCUUAUUUGCCCACCACUAUACAGGAAGGGGAUGCCGUUGAACUUGAGUAUUUUGGAACAAGAAUUCCGGCGACAGUGACAGCAGAACCACUCUACGACCCUGAAAUGAAGCGACUCCGUGGAUAG